AACAUGGCGUCCGUUAGGUUAUUGCUAUGAGUGCUGCUCCGUUUUCUAUCAUUAAAUGUGGAAUCAUCGUGCGGUUUGCGGGCUGACGCGAAGCGUCGUGUCCUCCGGGAGGCGAACACGUCGCUUUCAACCCUGCACGACCCGCGUACAUUGCUUCUAGUCCCGAUUUAAUGAGGAGAAUCAGCCUCGUCAACAGUGGCUUGUGGGUAUACACACCCCGACGCGAGACUCCAAAGUGGUUUUACGGCAUAUCGAGCUUUUUUCUACUCUUCUAAAAUUUUACCCUCUAGUGAUCUUUAUAGGAUUACGAUCCUCGACGAAAGAUCACGAAAUCCUCACGCAUUGCUCCCGGACUCGCGAAUCAAAAUGCCGGUCACUGUUAAAGUGUUUUUAUGCAUGGGGUGUUAGUGGUGGUGAUCACCUCCUGUCACCCCACAUUUUUUACGCGAAACGUGUGCGUACAUUUAAAUUAUCGUUGAAAUGUCAAGUAAAAUUACUUUACGUUCGCGUAUCAAUAAUGGUUUUGAGAGACACGUGUAAAAAUAAUGUGAAAUGUGCAAGGAUUUGUGGACAGUGUUAAAAAAUAAUAGCAGGUGGAUAUAGAGCUUCUGUUGAUUCUUGUACAUGUAUUUUUAUCAUCUUUCAAGAGGAACUAACAACACAGCUAAAGCAUUCUAUGUUAUUACUUGCAAUUUUACCAACACAAUAUUGCACAAAAGCUACAAGACAAAGAAGGUGUAAUUUCCAGAAAGGUGAAGAAUACAGAGAGUGUCAGGCCUUAUGCCGCCAGCCGGGCUAUCGGCAAGAGGCUUGUCUACCUUGAUGGACCACGGACAACCGGAUGCUCGUCAUCGGAGCGAGCGGUUUCUACUUCAUCCAGAGAAUGGCUCCUCUAAUUCUCAUAGUCCUAACACAGCCAACUCAUCUCCACGAUAUCAACAUAAUAAUAGAACAAAUAAUCAUUCCACGAGUUACGGAUAUUUGUAUGGACGUACAUCUAGCAACAAUAUGUCUGAUAGCAGUGUUUCUGAUACACAUAGUGGCGGUACAGCAAGAACUGUUUCUCAACAGACUAGUCCUUCCCAUGGUACACAUUCCUCUUCUCAAUCACGGCAGGACAAUAGUUCUGCAAUUUUUACAGCAUUAUUCGAUUAUGUUGCCCAAGGCGAGGAUGAGCUAUCCUUGCAAAGAGGCGAAACAGUCGAGGUCCUGUCAAAGGAUUCAAAAAUCUCAGGUGACGAGGGAUGGUGGACUGGAAAAAUCCAUGGAAAAGUUGGUAUUUUUCCAGCCAAUUUUGUUGCAGAAGCAGAUAGUAUUGAUAGGGUCUCAUCGGUGAUCGAUAAAGUUCAACCUGUUGAAAUUGAUUUUGAAGAGUUGCAAUUAGAAGAAGUGAUAGGGGUUGGUGGGUUUGGGAAAGUUUACAGAGGAUUCUGGCAGAAACACGAAGUAGCCGUUAAAGCAGCCCGUCAAGAUCCAGAUGAAGAUCCAAGUGUUACGUUAGAAAAUGUUCAACAAGAAGCAAAGUUAUUUUGGUUACUGAAACAUGAGAACAUUGUGCAGUUAGAAGGUGUUUGUUUAAAAAUGCCAAAUAUGUGUCUCGUAAUGGAAUAUGCGCGAGGAGGUAGUUUGAAUAGGGUUCUUAGUGGUAGAAAAAUCAGGCCUGACGUACUUGUUGAUUGGGCAAUUCAGAUUGCUCGUGGCAUGGACUACCUUCAUAAUAAAGCUCCUAUAAGUCUUAUUCACAGGGACUUGAAAAGCUCUAAUGUGCUAUUAAGCGAGCCUAUAGAAAAUGAUGAUCUACAAUAUAAAACAUUGAAGAUAACUGAUUUUGGAUUAGCAAGGGAAGUUUAUAAGACAACUCGCAUGUCAGCAGCAGGCACAUAUGCUUGGAUGGCACCAGAGGUUAUUAAAAAGAGUACUUUCAGUAAAGCCAGUGAUGUUUGGAGCUAUGGCGUUCUUUUGUGGGAACUUCUAACUGGUGAAACUCCUUAUAAAGGAAUAGAUGCUUUGGCAGUAGCAUAUGGUGUUGCAGUAAAUAAACUUACAUUGCCUAUUCCAACGACUUGUCCUCAGCCUUGGAGGUUUUUAAUGGAAGCUUGCUGGGCAUCGGAUAGUCAUUCAAGACCAGGGUUUGCCGAAAUCCUGGUAGCACUGGAUGAAGUACGUAGUGCAUUUGCAGCAACGCCACACGAGUCAUUUCACACAAUGCAAGAAGACUGGAGACUUGAAAUUGAACAAGUUCUUCAUGGAUUGCGCAUGAAGGAAAAGGCAUGCCGUUCCUUAGAAGAGGAAUUGCGCUGUAGAGAGGAAGAAUUAACGAAAGCACAAGUACAACAACGACAACACGAAGAAAACUUGAGGCAACGAGAACAAGAAUUAGCAGCCCGAGAAAUAGACUUAUUAGAACGUGAACUCACUGUAAUGAUAAUUCAGCAACAAAAUACUCCUACACCAAACAAAAGGCGCGGAAAGUUCAAGAAAUCAAGAUUAAAACUGAAUAAAAAAGAACCUGGAAGUAACAUUAGUGCUCCUUCUGAUUUUCGUCAUACAAUAACUGUUCAACACACGGCAUUAGAUCGGGGGAAAGUACGAAAUCCAUCGAGACCUAACAGUCCACCAGGCUCGCCUAGUAUUCCAAGACUUCGUGCAAUUGCAUUACCAGCAGAUGGAGUAAAGGGUAAGACUUGGGGACCAUCGACACUUCACCAACGUGAACGUGGGGCUAUUAUCACACAGCCACCAAAUCCUGCGUCUCCAGGUGGCAAGCGGUGGUCUCGUUCUGCUCCAGAUCUUGAAAAGACACCCCUGCGUACCGCCCUGUUGGCAAGUGUACACCGCUCCCCGCUUCUUCAAGAAAUAGGCCUUUCUGAGGAAAGCAUCUAUCACACUCAUUAUACAGCUUUACCACCUGAUCUGUCGACUGAUUGGGUAACUUCGGAUUAUUCUUUGAAACCUGGAUUAACUGGACCUUACAUCAUGCCAAUGCCUGUUCCAAUGCCCACUCUCUACAAUGGAGAAAUGAAAAAACCAAAGUUAAGCAUAAUAGAGCUGGUUUUGUAUAAUAUCGCAGCCAUGCUAGCUGGAGUAGCUACUGGAUAUGAUGUACGAAUGUCAAACAUAUCUCCGAUUCAUCCAAGAUUGUAUCCACGGCAUGGUGAAGGUGAGGAUGAAUCUCCACGAUGGUGGUUUCAAGCAGACACUGGAUCAAAUCGUAAUUCUGGUUAUCUUGGGCCUGACUAUGAGUUCAGUUCGAGUAGCGGUUAUCCUCAUAAUACCUAUCAUGGACCAGCCAGACAUUAUAGACCAUUCUUAAGUAACAUGGGCGGCAUAGCACCUGGUCUUCCUCCGAGUGUGAUGCCUGACAAACCCUUGAGAUUCACGGAUUCACCUCAACAUUAUGCAAGCAGCACAGGUUCUAAUGCACCAACGCCAAGCCCUAGAAGAAAGAGUAGUAGCACUAGUAACGAAGAUGUAUACACACAUGAUGCAGGAGGACGGGUUGAUCGAAUGGAAAGAGUACCAACGAUAUACAUGGGAAAUGUUGCCCCUUUUCCAGACUAUGGACCCCCGUUAUAUACGGUUGUUCCACCAGAAUAUUAUAGACCACCAGAACCAACAUAUUUUGUACCUACAGAUUACCAUGAUAGAAUGCUUGAGUGCCCCGAAUUUCCACACGCUUAUGACAAUCCGAGCAGCAUAAAUAGUCCAGCUCGUCCUGUGUCAAGACUUCCUCCAUAUACUCAUCAUCGUACCUCGUCAAAUGUUUCAAAUGCAAGCACAUCGAGUCAAAGUAACAUUAAUCCAACGUUUCGUUUAGAAGAUGAGGACGAUUAUUCUUUGUAUUCGCCUGGACAUUAUUAUCAACGAUCUUCAAACGUAAUUUCGAAUGCAGGAACGUAUAGUUCUAGUAUGCUUAAUCACGAAUAUAGUUCACAAUUAUUGACGCGUCAAAACUCACAUGAUUCAAAUUCAAACUCGGGAGAAAGACCAAGCAAUUUAGAAGUGGUCAGUCGGUUACGAUCAAGUUUAAAACGAUCCAAUUAUUCAUAUAAUUCUCCAAAUAAAAGUGUAAGCAAAAAUAAUUCGGGUUCAGGCACGCCAACGAAUCCUACUCCACCAGAUUCUUUAACAUCCGAGGAUUCAAGCUACGUUUCGGCUAAAGAUAGUCAGAUUUCUAUAAGCAGGGUUCGAUUUUCACCUGUAACUUUCGACCGUGAUGGAGUUUCACGUGAACAUAGAGAGACAUUACUUGAUAUUCCUGUACAUGGACAAAACCAAGAUGUUACCGUACCCUUACAAGCUAAUCGACGAAUGAACAGAAGUAGGAAACCAAGUAUUUCUGAAUUAGAGAGAGAAUUUUUAUCAUAGCAUUGGCUCAUUUAAAAUGAUAAAAAUAUAAUCUUGAAAGUAACACUUAAUUAGAAUCAUACGAAUUAAAGAGUAUCUGAUGCGGCAAAAGUUUAUCAAAUCAUUAUGACUAGAGAAUUCUGCGAUAGCGCGCGCGUUCUCAAAACACUGCCUCCUGCAGAACAUUUUUUCAUGUAUUAAUGCAGGUCAUCGAAUACAGUAAGAAUUUAACAUUCCACAUUUGGAAUAUUGAGACAUCCUUGUAAAAGACUCUUAUAUUCGAUCAGACUGUUUUUAAUUCGAUAAAGAACUGGUAUGUCUCAUGUAUGUUUUGUAGAAAUAGUAUGAAUGUCAGGAUUGUAAUUCUUGCAUUGCGCAUUCAACAUUAUCUAAUGAUAUUUGAAUUGUACGUAUUAGAAAUAUUUUAUUCAUACAUUCCGCACAUCCUGCAUCUACUGCUGGCAUUGAGCAUGUAAAUAUUGUGUAUUUCUAUUAUUCACAUGAGCACUUCAACCAUUUGAAAGAGAAUGAAUGCCUUAAUUUAACUGUUUUGGAAGCGAACAUAUAUAAAACAGUAUUAUGUUCUAUUAUACUCGUCUUGUUAUAUUAUACAGAUUCGUUGAAGAUGAUAUUAACUCCUUUUUCUGAAUAUUGAGAAAUUGUAUCCACUUGUUUCUAUCCAAUGCCACAUUAGAGAAAUGAGAUUUUAUUGUUCCUUUAAUCAUACAA